UUCGCUGCCACAGUAUGUUACAGUCUGACCUACGACAGACAGGGAAGCCUUCACACGCACAGGGCUGUCUGCGGCGCACUUGUUAUCACAACAGAGGUGAUUGAAACUUGACCCGGAUUUCUGGCUGUGUGAGGAGUAACGUUUCCUACAGGAGGCUUCCAGCGCAGAGCUGCCGGAUCCCUUCUGUGCCAACCCAGAGAGGAGAUUUAGGGUUUGUGCUGCACUGGCGGGAGUCCAACUCCUCCUCCAGCAAGCACUGCUCGGAAGUAACAGCAGAAUACAAAAAAAAAAAAACAGCCUCUGUUUACACAGACUCAUCACGCUACCUCUUUUAUCCAUACCUCUGUUUCUCCUCUGUCCUGGCUCCUCACUCCUGCUCUCAAGUGGAACCCUAAACAUCAGCUCAUCUCGCCCCUCCAAUUUAUUUAUCUCAUCAUGAACUCCUCAGCCUCCAUUACAUCCCUUUUCUCCUUCACCAGCCCGGCAGUGAAGCGCCUGCUCGGCUGGAAACAAGGGGAUGAGGAGGAGAAGUGGGCAGAAAAGGCUGUGGACUCUCUAGUGAAGAAAUUAAAGAAGAAGAAAGGGGCAAUGGAGGAGUUAGAGAGGGCCCUCAGCUGCCCUGGCCAGCCCAGCAAGUGUGUGACGAUCCCUCGCUCGCUGGACGGGAGGCUGCAGGUGUCCCACAGGAAGGGUCUGCCCCACGUCAUCUACUGCAGGGUGUGGCGCUGGCCUGACCUGCAGUCCCACCACGAGCUGAAAGCCCUGGAGUGCUGCGAGUUCCCCUUCGGCUCAAAGCAGAAGGACAUCUGCGUCAACCCCUACCAUUACAGGCGCGUGGAGACUCCAGUGCUGCCACCAGUCCUGGUCCCACGCCACAGCGAGUUCAACCCUCAACACAGUUUACUGGCAAAGUUCAGGAACGCCUCUCUGCACAACGAGCCUCUGAUGCCCCAGAACGCCACUUACCCGGACUCCUUCCCUCCGCUGCCCUGCUCCUCCUUCUCCUCCUCCUCCCCUUCCUCCACCCACGCCCAGUCUCCCACCUCACAGAGUUACCCCAACUCCCCCAACAGCUCUGCAGAGCCCGGCAGUCCGUAUCACAUCACAGCAGAGACUCCCCCACCUCCGUACAGCAUGAUGGAGACGAGCCCUCAGGAGGAUGUGAAGCCCAGCAACUCCACAGGAACCACUAAACUUACAUUUUCUGCUCCACACACAGAUUUACGGCCCGUGUGCUACGAGGAACCAGAGUACUGGUGUUCCAUAGCGUACUACGAGCUCAACAACCGGGUGGGGGAGACUUUCCACGCGUCAUCCCGCAGCGUGCUGGUGGACGGCUUCACAGACCCUUCCAACAACAAGAACCGCUUCUGCCUCGGCCUGCUAUCCAACGUCAACCGCAACUCCACCAUCGAACACACGCGCAGGCACAUAGGCAAAGGUCUACACCUGUACUAUGUAGGUGGCGAGGUGUACGCAGAGUGUCUGAGUGACAGCAGUAUCUUCGUCCAGAGCCGCAACUGUAAUUUCCAGCACGGCUUCCACGCCACCACCGUGUGUAAGAUCCCCAGCGGCUGCAGCCUCAAGAUCUUCAACAACCAGCUGUUCGCUCAGCUCCUCGCCCAGUCCGUCAACCACGGCUUCGAGGUCGUCUACGAGCUCACGAAGAUGUGCACCAUCCGAAUGAGUUUUGUCAAGGGCUGGGGCGCCGAAUACCACCGUCAAGAUGUGACCAGCACCCCCUGCUGGAUCGAGGUACAUCUGCACGGGCCCCUGCAGUGGCUGGACAAGGUCCUUACACAGAUGGGCUCCCCGCACAACCCUAUUUCUUCGGUCUCAUAACAUGAACACACACACACACUUUUUUUUUUAGUGUGUGCCCUCGGUUCUUCACACAGGUAGUCGUAGAUUCUGUAUGCUCGUCCACGUCCAGGUUUUCUGUCCUACGGUCCCUUUCUUGACAUCUCACACAAAAUUACAAAACUAUCUGUUGCAGCUUUGUCACACUACACAGCAAAACUGAAAGACAGGUGUAACUGAAUUUCAUUGGGUAAUUUACAACUCAUGUAGUUAAAUGAUCAAGUGUUCAUUAAUUUCAGUAUGAAAAAGUAUUUAUCUUCUCUCUCUCUUUCCAUUGGGACGUUCACUGCACUCCAAGCCAAGGAAAACGAUGGGAUACAUUUGUAGGUACUCGGACUUGUGUUAUUAUGUGUUAUAAAUGUUAUUAUGGUAG